AUUUUCUUCUUUCAAAUGGUUUUGGAUAUAAAAAGGGGUAAAGUUGACACACAGUAAAAUGUUUGUAUUUUGAAAUAUUUAGCAUGUGUACAUAAAAAGAAACAUAAACGUAAAUUUAAAGAAAAAAAUGAAGAAGUUUAAAUGUAUAUUGAGAAAUGUUUACUGAGAAAUCCACUAAGAUAACUUACAUUAAUGGAGCUCCUAAAACUUCUGUAGUUUGCUUGCCUCACCGAAGACAUUACUUGUUUAAUUUUGAUUUUCUUAAAUGCAAUGACUUUCUGGUGGGAAAACUUUCAUCUUAUAUAUAUAUCAUAGUAAAAACACGUAUUAGGCUCACAAAGUUACAAUUCAGUUUCAUGUCAUGCGAAUUAUAUUAUGGUGUUUUAUCAUUUCGUUGUAUUAGGGAAAUCGUGUUUGCGUUACAUUACUUUAUAUUGCAUGCGAGAUGAUAAAUCAGGUGAUGCUUUUGGGUUUUUGGAAUAAAAAUUAAAAAUAAAAUAAAUCAGGUGAUGCUUUAACCUCGAAAAAAAACUCUAUACGAUGCUAUCACUAUUUGUAACGAGGAAAAGAAAACAUAUUGAGUUUGGUAAAUAAGGUUCCACCGUUACCAAACUAAUCAAUGAAACAGAAAGAAUGUUGACAUUUUGUGUAUUCUUUUCCAAACUUUUCGAGGGAACACAUGCCAUUAAACAGUGAAACUUUCAGAAUUAGCGCAAAAUUAAUGCCAAACUCGAAUCAAUCUUGGCAAAGAGUGUUACCCUAGCUAGCUAGCAACGCUGAGCCGAUAAAGAUAAUUUUAUUUCUAAUAAACAAAAAAAUAAUUAAAUGACUAUAUAUGAAAUAUAUACAAUCUUCUCAACUUGAACAACAAAAAAAAUAACCAGAAUCAAUUUUCUUUAGCAGUUCAAGACGUUUGUAUCUUGCAGAGUACUAGUUGUUUUUUUAAUAUAUUUUGGGGUCAAAGUGCAUUAUAAAAACUACUAAUAAGCAGUAUUUGACCAUAAAAUUAAUGUGAAACACAAAGAAAGUUCUCAUCUCAAUCCUGUGCCUUGGUUAGAUCAACACCCUUCACCUAUAAUUCUCCAUUCGAUAACACACACCUAAUUGUCAAGUGUCCACCAUAUCUUAUUACUAAGAUAUUUGGAAUUACGAAUUCUAGAUUUAUAGGUCAUCCUCAUCUCAUUACACCUCUCCCACCUUAAUAACUAAACUACAUUAAAUACAAAUACAUCCAAAACGCAUUUCCAUCCAAACGCCAAAAAAAUACUAUAGUCAACAACACAAGCGCAUAGAGCCUUCGUGUUUACACACUUACACACGUUACUUCGUACGCCUUUUCUAAAUGACUAUAAAAGAGAGAUAGAGAUGCGGAUAUAAGCAAAAAACAGAAAAGUAUAGAACCAAUAGCAACACUCAUGCAAAGAUUGUGUUCAACGAGCUGCUAGAUUUUGUAAUCUCUUCUCACUUCUACUCCUUCAUGUCUCGCACAGUAUCAGAAGAUCACUCUGUUGAUAACGCGACGCCGUAUCAUUCCAUGGAGAUUGGUUCGUCGUUGACUUUAGGUCAACUUCUCAAGAACGUAAGCGACGUAAGAAAGGUAGACGCCGGCGACGAGACUCCUCUUCACAGCUCACAGGGAGAUCAAGAUUACGAUGAUCUCAUGCGUCCUGUCCCCUUCGUUCUAUCCUUCAACAACCUCACCUACAACGUCUCCGUUCGUCGGAAGUUUAAUUUGAUCCCACGGAGGAGCCUUUCUUCCUCCAAGACCAAGACCCUUCUUGACAACAUCUCCGGCGAGACACGCGACGGAGAGAUUCUCGCCGUUCUUGGAGCUAGCGGGUCGGGUAAAUCCACUUUGAUCGACGCAUUAGCGAACCGGAUCGCUAAAGGUAGCUUGAAGGGCAAGGUAACGCUUAACGGCGAGCCUCUCCAAUCUCGAACCCUAAAAGUUAUCUCAGCGUACGUAAUGCAAGACGACCUUCUCUUCCCGAUGCUCACCGUUGAAGAAACCCUAAUGUUCGCCGCCGAGUUUCGCCUACCAAGAAGCUUACCUAAGUCCAAGAAGAAGCUCCGUGUCCAAACCCUAAUCGAGCAGUUAGGGAUCAAGAACGCGGCGAACACCAUCAUCGGAGACGAAGGUCACCGUGGAAUCUCCGGCGGAGAGAGGCGGCGAGUUUCGAUCGGGAUCGACAUCAUCCACGACCCGAUUGUUCUCUUCCUCGACGAGCCGACUUCGGGGCUGGACUCCACAAGCGCCUUCAUGGUGGUUAACGUGUUGAAGAAGAUAGCGGAGAGUGGCAGUAUCGUAAUAAUGUCGAUACAUCAGCCUAGUCAUCGAGUUCUCGGUUUGCUUAACCGUCUUAUCUUCUUGUCACGUGGCAAAACCGUUUUCAGCGGUUCGCCCGCGAGUUUACCGGGAUUUUUCGCCCGGUUCGGGAGUCCCGUACCGGAGAACGAGAAUCAAACCGAGUUCGCGUUAGAUCUCAUCAGAGAGCUCGAAGGAUCAGCCGGAGGAACGCGAGGACUAGUCGAGUUCAACAAGAGAUGGCAAGAGAUGAAGAAUCGAUCUCCGCCGGCGUCUCCGAAUCCAAAUCUCACUCUCAAAGAAGCGAUCUCCGCCAGUAUAAGCAGAGGGAAGCUAGUCUCCGGCGGCGGCGGAGGCGGUGGAUCCUCCGUCGUAAGCCACGGCGGAUUCGCGAAUCCGUUCUGGAUCGAGAUCAAAACUCUCACCGAACGCUCGAUCCUCAACUCCCGGCGUCAACCGGAGCUUUUCGGGACCCGAUUAGCCGCCGUACUCGUCACCGGAUUCAUCCUCGCCACCGUGUUCUGGCGGUUAGACAACUCUCCGAAAGGCGUUCAAGAGCGGCUAGGUUUCUUCGCGUUCGCGAUGUCGACGAUGUUCUACACUUGCGCCGAUGCUCUCCCCGUCUUCCUCCAGGAGCGUUACAUCUUCAUGAGAGAAACCGCUUACAACGCUUACCGGCGAUCCUCCUACGUCCUCUCUCACGCCGUCGUCUCUUUACCUUCGCUCGUCUUCCUCUCGCUAGCCUUCGCAUCGACGACGUUUUGGGCUGUUGGUCUCGAAGGAGGCCCAAUGGGCUUUCUAUUCUAUUGCCUGAUCAUCUUCGCCUCUUUCUGGUCCGGAAGCUCCUUCGUGACUUUCUUAUCCGGCGUCGUUCCGCAUGUUAUGUUGGGUUACACGAUCGUUGUAGCUAUCUUAGCUUACUUCUUGCUGUUCAGCGGCUUCUUCAUCAACAGAGAUCGUAUCCCUCAGUACUGGUUAUGGUUUCACUACCUUUCUCUGGUUAAGUACCCGUACGAGGCGGUUCUUCAGAACGAGUUCUCGGAUCCUAUGGAGUGUUUUGUGAGAGGUGUUCAGAUGUUCGAUAACACGCCUCUGGGACAGUUGAGUUAUGGGAUGAAACUGAGGCUUUUGGAUUCUGUGAGCAGAUCUAUUGGGAUGAGGAUAACGAGUUCGACGUGUCUUACGACGGGUGCUGAUAUUCUGAGGCAGCAAGGAGUUACGGAGCUUAGCAAAUGGAGUUGCUUGCUUGUCACGGUAGGGUUUGGGUUCUUUUUUAGGGCUUUGUUUUACUUGUGUUUGUUGUUUGGGAGCAAGAACAAGAGGAGGUGAGAAUGAGAUGGCUGGUGGUGAUACUUUGAACCCAAAACAUUUCUUGUAUUUUUUUAGUUUUUGUUAGUGUGAUUUGUUGAUUGAUCGUGUCUUUGAAUUGUAUUCUUUUUAACAUGUUGUUUACUUCUGAAAUCAUAAUAAAUAUCGUUUUUUAAGAUUUUCAGAAAUCACCUAUUGAUUUCUCUUCGGACUGUUCGUUUUAACAGUUCGAACACGAAAGUUUUGUUCGUUUACAUUUGAAAUUACAAGUCAUUUUUAAAAUA